CCUCAACGUAACAAACAACUUCAGAAGAAUCCACCAAAAUGAAAUUCCUCGUUUGCUUCGUAGCUCUCUGCUUGGCUGUUGCUCAGGCUCAUGUGAUUGGAUCCGCACUUACUUACGCUGCUGCUCCCGCCACCUAUGCCGUUCCAGCUACGUAUGCCGCCACAUACAAUGCCGCCACAUACAAUGCCGCUCCUUUGGUGCGUUCAGUAGCUCCAGUUGCUUCCGUAUACUCUGCUCCAGCCUACACAACUUACAGUGCUGCUGUUCCAGCUGCCGCGACCUAUACUGCCGGUGUUGUCCCAGCUGUCUAUUCUGCUCCCACUGUUUACUCCACCCUCCUCAAGAAAUAAGUUACGACAUUCGCGUAUUAAGAUAUGGAAUUUGAUUUUGAAAUUUUUGUUUUUUUAAAAUAAAAAUAA